AUGCUCAAUUUUACUGAUGUUACAGAAUUUAUUCUUUUAGGUUUAACUAGUCGUCCUGAACUACAGCUCCCUCUCUUUGUGGUUUUUUUGCUGAUCUACACUGUCACCCUGCUUGGGAAUAUUGGCAUGAUCAUAUUAAUCGAGAUUAGUCCUCAGCUCAGCAGUCCCAUGUACUUUUUCCUCAGUCACCUAUCUUUUUCAGAUGUGUGGUUCUCCUCAAAUGUCACCCCUAAAAUGUUGGAAAAUCUGGUUUCUGAGAUCAAAACCAUCUCCUAUGCUGGGUGUAUAGUGCAGUGCUUUUUCUUCAUUGCUUUUGUCCACGUGGAAGUCUUCAUCCUGGCUGUCAUGGCCUUUGAUCGCUACAUGGCGAUUGGCAAUCCCCUGCUUUAUGGCAGCAGAAUGUCAAGAACUCUGUGUGUUGGACUCAUCUCUUUCCCUUAUGUGUAUGGCUUCUUUAUCAGUUUGAUCGCAACACUGUGGACCCAUGGUUUGUAUUUCUGUGGAAACAUCCAGAUCAACCAUUUCUACUGUGCAGAUCCGGCUGUCAUCAAAAUAGCCUGCGCUGGGACCUUCAUUAAAGAGUACACCAUGCGCACGUUAGUAGGUCUUAACUUCUCUUACUCCUUAUUGGUCAUUAUUGUCUCAUAUAUAUUCAUCCUCAUUGCCAUCUUGAGAAUGCGUUCUGCAGAAGGAAGGAAGAAAGCCUUUUCCACCUGUGGGUCUCACUUGACAGCUGUCACCGUAUUCUAUGGGACACUCUUCUUUAUGUACCUCAGGAGCCCAACAGAGGAAUCAGUAGAGCAGGGCAAGAUGGUGGCUGUCUUCUACACCACAGUUAUCCCAAUGUUGAACCCCAUGAUCUACAGUCUGAGGAACAAGGACGUGAAGGAAGCCAUGAACAAAGCCAUCAGUAGAAUAUUUUUAACUAAAUAA